CUUACACUACAUACUGUAUAUGAAGCUUUCUUUCAUUUUCCAUAACAACUAUCUUGUAUUUACAUUGUAUUGUAUUUUAUUAACAAUUAUUUUGAUCUUUUUGUAACAGCAAAUGAUUACAGUCUGUUUGGUUACAUCAGAGGAAAUGACAUCACUCACAACAAUUCGCGCAAAUGAACCAGCAUUUCUAGUAGCAUUACUUCGCCGAGCACAAUGAAGCUUAACUUCUCUUGUACCGUGUUCUGUGCUUUUCUAUUGAUUAAUUCCUUCAGGAUGGGUGUCAAUGAAACCUGCGUACAAUCUAAAAUGCACUGCAACAACAAUAAGACCAAUGAAGGCUACAAGCUCUCCAAUGGAUGUAAACCGGAGUACAGAGACAACGUCAACCACGUAGUAGAGGUUUAUCAAAAGGGAGAACCUAUCGGCUGGUACAUAAAUAAUACUCAUUACUGGAAAGACACAGUGGCAAGAAUGGACUACGACGUUACUGUGCUAAAAACCUGCACAAACACAACAAUCAAGUGCAAGCUUGACAAUAUCUGUACGGACUAUAUAAUGAUCGACGUGAUGACAAAUGAGCCAGCAACUACCCUGGAUCCCCACAACGUCACCCAUCCCUUGACCACUUAUGAAGAUCAGAGUGACAAACAACACAACAACACCGGAAUGAUCGUUGGCAUUGUGAUUGGUGUCCCGGUUAUCGCGGGAAUUGCCGUGAUUUUGUGGCGUUACUGCAAUCCGAGAAAGCAGAAUUGUGGUGCAACAGUUCCAGACUGUCUUCAUCUGCUAAACAAAUAUCGCCAGGGGCAACAGUGUGACGAUCAACAGUGUGAUGAUCGCAAUAAAGAGCAAGAUGACAGGAAUGCAAGAACCUCUGAGGAUGUCGGAACAGAGCGAACUCCUAUGGUUCCUAGACCUGGUCACAAACAAUUGGAAAUGCAAAACAAUGUUCAUUGAAUGUACAUUGAAACGGCGCAUUCUGCAAUAUACUGCUGUGGAAUCAAUAUCUGGCAUGAAGAACCAAAGAAAGAAUAUACACACGAUAACAUUAAAUAAUGACAUGAAUUAGGGUUGGGCGAUCUAUUUAGUGUAUCGGUAUAUAUUCUUCCAAUGAUCAGAUACCAACUUAAUCAAUACAUCUGAUCUGAUAUCAAUAGAAUCAAUUAAUCAAUAGAAAUGAUCAAAUGUAAACAAGCCGAUUUAAUGACAUAGCAACGCAGCGGAUAUACAAGAUGAAUGAAAUGCUGCUAGAGGCUGCCAUCCCUUCAGAAGAGUGAUCCGCUUUCUUAUCAAUAAAUACAAUUAUGUGGCCUAAGGGUUAUGGCUUUUAUACAAAACUCGGCUGAAUUAAAAAAAAAAAUUGUUUCGUAUCGUGAUACAUGCCAAAAAUAUAAUGAUAUAGAAUACGGUCCAUAUCGCCCGAUCGUUAGAAAAUAAUAAGUGAAAAAAAAAAGUGAUAAUUAUAGGUUAUCACAUGGUUUGUCUGGUAUCAGGCCAGGUAUCAUGCCCUCAAGCGUCAGUAUCAGCCCAAGCGUCAGUAUCAGCCCAAGGUCAAUUGGGCAGCCAAUUGAUGACAUAGCAACGCAGCGGAUAUACAAGAUGAAUGAAAUGCUGCUAGAGGCUGCCAUCCCUUCAGAAGAGUGAUCCACUUUCUUAUCAAUAAAUACAAUUAUGUGGCCUAAGGGUUAUGGCUUUUAUACAAAACUCGGCUGAAUUUAAAAAAAAUUUGGCAAAUGGCAACAAACAUCACAAUUCGCCAUCAAAGAAACCCGACCAUUCUUGGCUCAGACUCCUCACAUGUGCUGCUCUAAAAUCAAAACCUGCCAUCAUCAAAAUUCUUGCCCUCUUCCUUAUUCAUAAUGUGAACAACUACAGAAAAAAAAUCCAAAUUGGGCAUUACGGAUAGGAACGGCAAUAUGACCACCUGCAGCAUCUCAUUUUGUAAUAAUGGAAAGAACAAGAGCACUGAUGGAUGCGGUGGACGCAUACACAGAUACACAGACACAGUAUAAUAAUAAUCAUAAUAUAUAUAUAUAUAUUUAUAUCAUAUGUCGUAUCGUGAUAUGUGCCAAAAAUAUAAUGAUAUAUGCUAAGGUCCAUAUGACCCGACCUUUAGAAAAUAAUAAGUGAUAAGUCAUACAUUCACCUUUACAUCAUCAAAUGGCAACAAACAUCACAAUUCGCCAUCAAAAAAACCCCACCACUCUUGGCCCAGACUCCUCGUCAAAAUUCUUGCCCUCUUCCUUAUUCAUAAUGUGAACAACUACAGAAAAAAAUCCAAAUUGGGCAUUACCGAUAGGAACGCCAAUAUGACCACCUGCAGCAUCUCAUUUUGUAAUAAUGUAAAUUCACCCAAGACAAUACACCCAAGGUAUGCGGUGGACGCAUACACAGAUGCAUUAUAUACAUAAUAUAAUGUAUAAUACAGUAAACCUCGGAUAUAUCGGAUUCAAUUGUUCCCACUGGUUUUGUCCGAUAUAAGCGAAAUCCGUUAUAUGCGUAUACCGGAAAAUGUCCGUUUUACGCAUAUAUCGGAUUUAUAUCCGGUAUAUGCGUAAAUCGGAUUUUUUCCGUUAUAAAAAGGCACUUCCUUGACUAUGUUUCCAAUGUACCUGGACUGGGCAAUGAAAAGAGACGUAAGGUAAUGAGAAUUUAACUUUAUUGGACUCUGAGCAUAUAUAUAUAUAUAUAUAUAUAUAUAUUAUAAGUAAUGAUUAUGAAUAAAUAUUCCAUAUUCCAUAAUCUAAUCUAAUCUAAUUUUCUCAGCUAUAUCUUGCUUGCUUAAUGGCUUUUAGUGAAAGGGAACCAUAUAACACAAGUUAGUUGUAACUCAUGCCAUAUAUGGGCAUGUGCAUUUAUAGGGAUCGCAAUACACACACUUGCAUUACACCACAUUAGGGAACCGCUUCUAUAAUCCUAUGAUAUUAGUACAAAAGUGUUGUAGUUGUAUUCGACAUUCUGUAUUGGUGCAGAACAUAUUGAUGUUGAUGUAACAAGAUAUGUAUGUCAUGUGAUAAUGUAACCAAACAUUACAAGAAUGUUAAAUAACUGCAAAGGGAAAGGCUUCUUUGGACUCCUCCUACGGUGUUUUAUUGGUGGUGUACACCAUUGUCACCCAGAACUGCAUUAUGAAUUGGACUACCCCAUGUAAUCUUCUGAGGAAUGGAAAGAAGAAACCAUUUACCAUCGGACAAGCAUGGACUAUAAAUUUACCACAACCUCACUGGCGAGUUAGGAGGAGAAGAAUACAGUUUUCUCCCUGAACCAUCUCGGGAGCAACUGAGAGACUGGAGAACUUCCGGAAGGACCUGAAGUUGGACCAGGAUUAGGAUUAUGCAUUUGCGGUGAAGUUUUACUUGUGGAACUAUUUGCCUUAACCUCCGACAUUAACUGGUGUCAGAUUAUGUGACUGUUCUUCUGAUCCAGAUAUAUGUGACGAGAGCUCAUGUGUCAUCUAUCAGGCUAGUUUUACAUGUAUUUUUAUUUCUUUAUAGUUUUAUUGCUUAUACGCCCUUGCUAUUCUAUUAAACUCCUUUCCAUUUUAACAAAAGAGUGUCACCCUGAGUCAUGUGUGUUAUGAAAGAGUAAGCAAUUCAAGAAAAAAUCCUUUCAAUAUAUUCUAGUACAGGGCGGCACGGCGGUCUAGUGGUUAGUGCGCAGACCUCACAGCUAGGAGACCAGGGUUCAAUUCCACCCUCGGCCAUCUCUGUGUGGAGUUUGCAUGUUCUCCCCGUGCGGUAGAAAAUGAAUGAAUGAAUAUUCUGGUACUGUGUAUUUAAAAGAAUCAACAGGUCCCUCUGAUCUGUGUCCUAAUCAAGACCAACCAACUAACCAAUCGGGGACACAGCUAUAAAUUAGAGAGUUCAGCAAUGCAUGUAGUGCGGCCACCUUUUAGGGUUGGGUAUAGUUUGAAUUUUAACAAUUCUGAUUCCGGUUCUUCAUGAUUCUUCGAGGCAGGGUCAUACAAGUUUACAUUAAAUUAAGGAUCGACGGAUACAUCGGCCGGCUAUAUAUCGGGCCGAUAUUUGCGUUCUUUACUUGAAUCGGUAUUGGCCGAUACGCGUGUGGGUUCACCGAUAUAUUUUUCUGCCGCAUGAUUUACAGACAGGCAUCCGCCAGGCAGCUAUGUGUUGCCUGAGGACCCUGCAACACACGCAGCCGCGGCACCCCGCCGCCA